AUGUCCUGGAUGAAGGCGCGAACAGGCCCGUUGGUUGUUUUCGGAGCUUCAGCCCUCGGCGGCGCCGCGUAUCGCUUGACCAAAUCCACCGACGAAUCUGACGGAACGCUGAACCCGUACACCUUCACACCCUACACCCUCGUAGACAAACAGCCAGUAUCUUCUACCAGCGCCAUCUUCACACUGCGCAACGGCAGCGGCCUGCCGGAUAACGAAAGCGUCAAGGAGGUGUGGAAGCGUAGUGUAUGGAGUGUGCAGAUUAAGCAACCACAGCUGCAGAUCGCCCGCGCCUACACACCGCUACCACACACUGCAGACGGCAAGAAGACGGGCGGCAAUGAGGCAGAAGAUGUGCGACUACUUAUCCGGCAGGAGGCGGGCGGCGAGGUCUCCACCUACCUACACCGACUACCCGUAGAUUCGACGAUUGAGCUGCGAGGGCCCAACACGGAACUCACGCUUCCCCGCGAUAUCAUCGAGGUCAUAUUCCUGGCAGGAGGCACAGGCAUAGCUCCUGCGAUGCAGGUUGCCCAGGCUCUAGCAAGACGGACGGGGAGCAGGAUGCACAUACUCUGGGCCAACAGGCGGCGUGAAGAAUGUAUUGGUGGCAUCAGCGAUGACACCGGAAGCACAGCCACGCAAGACCGCGUGGGGUGGUGGAAGAGCUUCUGGGGUCCUAGCGAGCCCGUUGCAGACAUGCCACUCACGGAUGGCUCGGGUGGUACAGCCAAGGGCGUAAUAGUGAAAGAGCUAGAUGCACUCAAGCAGCGAAGUCUGCCCACAAAAGGAGGUCUAGAUGUAAACUACUACGUUGAUGAAGAGCAUACCUUCAUCCAACCCAGUGAGAUUGAAAGAUGGAUCACGCGCAAGAGAGAAGAAACUGGGUCAAGACUGAUUAUAGUAUCCGGCCCAGAAGGCUUUUUAGAAUACUGGGCAGGCAAGAAGCUCUGGGCCAACGGAAAAGAAGUUCAAGGCCCGUUGGGAGGUCAAUUAGCCAAGAUGAACUUAGCCGGUGUAUUAAUACCGCCGGCAAAUCACGUGUCGACCGGGGGACACCACCUGGACGAAUUGUCCGAGUCAUUUUGA